AUGAGAUUAUGCGAGCAACCCAAAGAUUUUGUUGAGGUUGUUCAUGAUCAGGAGAUCCAGGGCCAGGAUGUUAUUGUCCUAACUAAGGUGUUAGAGAUAGAUACGACAAAUGUUACUGGUGAGCUAACCGAGACAGAUGCGACCCCUAUCUCUACUAAGGUGGCUGAGACAAACACCGCUAUUGCUGAUAGGUGGUUGCCACAAAAACUGAUUCCUAUUGCUGAUAAGGCUACUUCUACGGGUGAUAUAGAGGUUACAAAUCCUGCUUCGACGGAUCCAUAUUUACACAGUGAUGGAGAGUUCUCGGGAAGACCUAGUGAUUGA